AUGUUCCUAAAGAGUGCUACAUUCCUCAAGAGACAAAAGUGUGCCGUUAUCAUGCAGGUCAGCAUACCUCUAGUGCUUGUUGUACUCCUAUGUCUUAUUCAAAUAUUCGUUAGACAUGAGAUGAACAUGUUGAAGCCAACACUCAUCCCACCAUCCACAUUCCCAAUACUUGAGAUAGGACACUUUGAUGACACCAAUCCAAAUGGUAUACCAGAUAUUGGAACACUUGGAAAUGAUGGAAAUGGUACUGGAUUCCUUGGACACAUGCCUCAGAUCUAUGGACCAAUACCUUAUAUCAACAAAUCAAUGUACAUACCAUACAGUCAAGACUUCCAGACACCAAGUCAAAUGAACCGUGACAUCCUCAAUGUAAAGACAUCACUGGUCAACGAGCGUCGUAGUACCGUGGUGCUCAGUCCAGCUUCAUUGUUCAACAUGCCAUUUGCAUCUCUAAUCUUUAACAACUUCUCUGCUGACGGACAAGUGUUGGACUACACCGUUGCCAUUGACAUCCAGCCACUCUUCCAAUUGUCAAACUUCUCCAAUCCAUUAAUCUAUGUCUUUAUGAGCAAUCUACUAGAGAGUGCAUAUAUCAAUUAUGUAUAUGGCCAAAAGUUCGCAGUGUUCAGUGAGCUGACUACACUACCAUUCGAGCAGUAUCCACCCUCAAUCGAUGUGGGCAGUCUUCUCGGUGGUCUUUUCUACCCAUUCGCCCUCUCCUUCCUUUUGCCUUUGUUUGUCUUCUCCAUCGUCCUUGAGAAGCAAGAGCGUUUGAGAGACAUGUGUCUAAUGAUGGGACUUAAGAUGAGAAACUAUUGGAUCGUUACAUAUUUGUUCAACUUCUUGUUGUACUUUUGUGCAUUGGUGAUUGUAGUUGGCAUCAGUAUGGCAUUUAGAUUCUCAGUGUUCACUGAUGGUUCUGGCUUUGCCAUGUUCCUGUUGCUGUUUGGAUGGGGAAAUGCCAUGAUCACCUUCUCAUUCUUCCUCAGCACUCUAUUCAAGAGGACCAGAACUGCCACAGUCACCUGUUACUUCCUUUUGAUCAUCAGUGUCAUUGUCAACCUUGUGCUCUCUGCCGAGUUAUGGCAGAAUAGUCCACCACCAAUGGCAUACUAUUGGUACCCUCUGUUUGCGUUCUACCGUGGCCUUACAGAGAUCUCAUCACUCUGUGGUCUUAACAUGUGCCCACAAUGGUCGGCCUACACUUGGAGCUUUGAACCAUCUCGUAUAAUCUUCUGGUUGUACAUGGACUCCUUGUUCUAUCUGGUGCUGGCCUUGUACCUUGACCAGGUGCUUCCACGUGAGUUUGGUGUGCCCCAGCCACCCCUGUUCUUCAUGCAGCCACUCUUUGACUGGAUCAAGAAGAAGCGUCAACUCCAAGUGUCCACACCAGAGGAGCAGGUGUUCCUGAUCAACGAGUCUUCACCCGAUGUACCCGAUGAGGCCGAGGACGAGGACGUCGCCAAUGAAAAGAGUCGAAUCAUCAACCACCAGAUCAGCAUGUCUGCCCCCAUCAUCAUCUCCAACCUGUCCAAGCACUACGAUGGCAGACCCAAGCCCGCCCUCGACAAGCUCUACCUGACCAUCGACAGUGGUGAAUGCUUUGGAUUGCUUGGUCCAAAUGGUGCCGGCAAGACCACAACCAUCUCCCUUCUCACCGGUCUGUACCGCCCAUCCUCUGGCUUUGCGCGUGUGGGAGGCUUCGACAUUGCCACUCAAAUGGACUACAUCCAUCGUAUCGUCGGAGUAUGUCCACAGUUUGACACACUCUGGGAGGACCUGUCCUGCGUUGAGACGCUGCUCUUCUACGCAAGACUCAAGGGAGUGCCAAUCAAGGAUGAGCUGGAGCAUGUGCACGACACUCUGCGCGACGUUGCCCUCUAUGAGUUCAAGGACCGUCUGGUCAAGGAGCUGAGCGGUGGCAUGAAGCGCCGUCUCAGUGUGGCCGUAUCGAUCACUGGUAACUCCAAGAUCGUCUUCCUCGACGAGCCCACCACCGGACUCGAUCCAAAGACUCGCCGUGAGCUCUGGGCCAUUCUCAACAAGCUCAAGCAUGGCAAGUGUAUUAUUUUGACUACACACAGCAUGGAGGAAGCCGAUGUCCUGUCCACGCGUAUCGGCAUCAUGUCACAAGGCAAGCUGCAGUGCGUUGGCCCACAACAGCACUUGAAGUCCAAGUUUGGCGAGGGCUACUCGCUCAAACUCAACGUCCACCCCUCCCACCCCGAGUACGAUCCCACCAGCCUGAUCCAGAAGUUUGCACCAGAGGCCAUCCUUAUCGAAUCGUUCUCUGGCAGCUUUGUGUAUCGUCUGCCAAAGGACACACUCAUCUCUGAUCUCUUCACCUUUAUGCUGCAGAACAAGGAAACGAACCACGUCACAGAGUGGGGCAUCCAACAGACCAGUCUUGAGGAUGUCUUCCUCAAGAUUGCUGCAUCUGAUGACACUGUCAACUAG